CCGAGGCGGGAAGUGCGAGUGGCAGUGUCAUGGCGCGAGUGUGGCAGCACCCAUUCCUCAACGUCUUCAGACACUUCAAGGUAGAUGAGUGGAAACGGUCCACUAAGGAGGGUGAUGUGGCCACAGUGAUGGACAAGACCCUAAAGUGCACUGUGUAUCGUAUUCGAGGCUCUGUCUGUGCCAGCAAUUACAUCCAGCUCCCCAAAACCAGCACCCAGUCCCUGGGCCUGACUGGACGAUUCCUGUACUUGCUUUUCCGACCCCUGUCCACCAAGCAUUUUGUCAUCCACCUGGACUUGUCCACCGAGGACAAACAAGUCAUCCGUGUGUCCCUUUCCAACCUGUUCAAGGAGUUCAAGUCCACAGCCACAUGGCUUCAGUUCCCCUUCAUCUGUGAGGCUGAGACAUCCAGGAAAGACCUGACAGGUGUGGCUCCUCUUGGUGCCCGCUGGACCUGCCUGCAGCUGGACCUCCAUGACAUCCUCCUUGUCUACCUGAACCGGUGCUACAGCCACCUCAAGAGUGUUCGACUGUGUGCCAACCUGCUGGUCCGAAGCCUUUACACCAGUGACCUGUGCUUCGACCCAGCUGUUACUGUUGGUGAGGCCAGGCGGGCAAAGCUGCCUGUUACCCCCAUGCCUCGAGAAAUGUCAUUCCCAGUGCCAAAGGGGGAGAGCUGGCACGACCACUACAUCCACAUCUGGUUUCCAAGCGGCAGCUCAGCAGCCUCCGAGCCGGUUCAGAGGAGCUGUUCCCCUCCUGAUGCAGUCUUCCCAAAGCACGUGCCACAGCUUCUUCCCCCUCGCCUGGUGGCCUUCACCAAGUCCAGGCAGGACAGCCCGUCCUCUGUGGUUCCACUGCUUGGCCCCACAGCCUCCUUGGGGCUCCUUCCAGAGGAUGGCCUAUCCUGUGAGUGCUCAGAAGUCUCCGUUGUGGGUGGUCCCAAUGGCAAUAGCCAAGAGCCCCUGGCCUGCAUGAAGGCCACUGACAAACAUGCUGCUGGCAAUGGCCUUCAGAUGUCUGUCUGCAAGUUGGCUGUGGUGCCCACAGCCCCAGAGAAUGUGACCAAGCACAAGAGCUUCCUACCGGAUCCUGUUCUGAGGCUCAAGGGAGUCAUUGGCCUUGGGGGCCACAGCACCAAAUGGGCCCUGUGGACGAAGGAUGGGGCUGCCGUCGUGUACCCCUGCCACGCAGUCAUCGUGGUCCUGCGUAUUGACACCCGGGAGCAGCGCUUCUUCCUCGGCCACACAGACAAGGUCUCUGCCCUGGCAUUGGAUGGGAGCAGCUCGCUGCUGGCCUCAGCCCAGGCACGGGCCCCCAAUGUGCUGCGCCUCUGGGACUUCCAGACCAGGGGCUGCCUGUCCCUGUUCCGGAGCCCCGUCCACACUGUCUGCUCCCUCAGCUUCUCCGACAGCGGGGCGCUGCUCUGCUGUGUGGGCAAGGACCACCACGGGAAAACGAUGGUGGUGGCAUGGGGCACCGACCAGGUGGGGCGAGGCGGUGAGGCCAUCAUUCUUGCGAAGGUGAACACCGACGUCGACAUCCAGGCGUUUGAGAUUGCCUUUUUUAAUGAAACCAGGAUGGCAUCGUGCGGGCGAGGCAGUGUGCGGCUGUGGCGACUUCGAGGUGGGGCCCUGCGCUCCUGCCCUGUGGACUUGGGGGAGCAUCAUGCUCUGGAGUUCACUGACCUGGCCUUUGGGAAGGCCCGGGAUGACCGCACGCUGUACGUUUGCAGCCGCAGUGGCCACAUCCUGGAGAUGGACCACCAGCGCAUGGUUGUGCGGCACACCCGCCGUCUCCUGUCCACGCACACCCCCAGCAGCCCCCUCCCACAAAAGCAGACCUUCAGCUCAGGUCCUGGUGUUGCCAUCAGCAGCCUCAGUGUCUCCCAAGCUGAGUGUGCCGUGGGCUCGGAGGAUGGCUACCUGCGCCUCUGGCCCCUGGACUUCUCCUCUGUGCUCCUGGAGGCGGAGCAUGAAGGCCCUAUCAGUUCAGUCCGCCUGAGCCCUGACGGCCUGCGUGUGCUGUCCACCACCUCCUCGGGCCACCUGGGCUUCCUGGACAUACCGACCCGGGAGUAUAGUGUGCUGAUGCGUUCCCACAUGGCCCCGGUGCUGGCCCUUGCCACCGAGUACAACCAGGGGCAGCUGGCCACUGUGUCCCAGGACCACACCGUCCGAGUCUGGGAUCUGGCGACCCUGCAACAGCUCUACGACUUCGUGUCACCUGAGGAAGCCCCGUGUGCAGUCACCUUCCAUCCCACGCAGCCAGUCCUCUUCUGUGGCUUCAGCAGGGGGGCCCUCCGCUCCUUCAGCCUGGAGGCUGCCGUGGCUCUGGUGGAGCACAGGUGUCACCGAGGAACCAUCACCGGCCUGGUCGCCAGCCCUGACGGCAGCCUCCUCUUCAGUGCCUGCUCCCAGGGCACCCUGGCUCAGUACCGCUGUGCUGCCACCUGCUGCCGCGUCCUGCGUGUUGCAGCUAACGUGGUAUGCCGGGAUGCCCGCCCCAGUGCCAAUGCCCUGGCAGUCAGUGGGGACAGCCGCCUGCUGGCCUUCGCGGGUCCCUUUAAGUACACGGUGACCAUCAUGGAUGCAGCCUCACUGGACGAUUUGCUGCGGGUUGAUAUCAGCGCCCCGGACCUGGCCAGUGACCACGUGGACUCGGCUGUGGCUGUCUGCUUCAGUCCCGCAACCCCCAGCCACCUGCUGGUCUCUACCUCAUCCAACAAGAUUGUGGUGCUAGAUGCCACCUCGGGCCGAGUGGUCCGAGUGGUCCGAGAGCUCUGUGGCGUCCACCCUGUGGUCUGCCCCUCCCUAGCUCUCAGUAGAGAUGCCCACUUCCUGCUGACAGCUGCCGACCGAGCCAUCAAGGUGUGGGAUUACCUGACGCUGUCCAACCCCAGCUGCCAGGUGUACAUCGGCCACUCAGAGCCCGUGCAGGCUGUGGCCUUCACCCCUGACCAGCAGCACCUUCUCAGUGUGGGCGAUGCCAUCUUCCUCUGGGAUAUCCUGGCCUCUGCUGAGAGGUCGCCCCCAGGAAGUGCCCGAGGCUCACCUGGGGCCCCCCCACCCUGUGAGGCUGGCCAGAAUGCAACGCAGCUGGAGGAUGCGGUGUCUGGGGCCAAGGGACUUCCUCGGCAGCAGGUGCCCGUGCCAUCCCAGGCAACCCCGCCCCAGCUGAGCAUCUGUGCUGGGCCCUUGGAGGGCGGUGAUGGUACUUUCUCUGUGUCGGAUGAAGAACGACCCUCUGAAGAGAGCUGUGGCACCACGGGGCUCUGCCAGGCCUCAGGCCCACCCAUGCUGGUGCAGAAGAAGGCCUGUAGGGCCGGAGACAGGGCCCAGGGGGCUACAGGGGGCCCUUGGGGCCUCAGCAUGCUGCCCCACCCCUGUGGCCAGCCCAGUAAGCAGGGUGUCCAGGGCACUAGGAGAGCCAGGACCCAGGCCGCUGCCCGCCCGGACUCCUACGUGCACUUCACAGCGCGCUACAAGGCCUCCCUGAUGGCCAAGAAUGUCUCCUUCCCCGCUGCUGGGGGCGAGUGGCUGCACCUGAAGGCUGUCGUGGGCUACAAUGGGAACGGGCGGGCCAAUGUGAUCUGGCGGCCAGACACAGGCUUCUUCGCCUACACGCACGGCUGCCUGGUGGUGGUGGAGGACCUGCACUCUGGCGCCCAGCAGCACUGGCUCAGCCACUCCGAGGAGAUCUCUACGCUGGCUCUCAGCCAUGACGCCCAGGUCCUGGCCUCUGCCUCAGGAUGCGGAGGCGCCGCCUCUGGCUGCCAGAUCCGCAUCUGGGACGUGCCUGGGGGUCGCUGCCAGCAGCUCCUUUCUCACCACUGUACCGCUGUGCAAGCCCUGGCUUUCUCACUGGAUGACAGGCUCCUUGUCACACUAGGGGACUAUGGUGACCGAACCCUGGCCCUGUGGAACAUGGACACCUACGAGCUCAUUUCCUCCACCCGCCUCCCUGAGCCGGUGCAUGGCGUGGCCUUCAGCCCCUGGGACGCCAGUGAGCUCGCCUGUGUGGGCCAGGGCACCCUCACCUUGUGGCGCUUACAGCUGUGUGGAGAUGACAUCAGCUUCCAGGUGCACCGGGAGCCCAUCCCUGAGGCUGUGGAGGCAGGCGAGCUGACAUCGCUGUGCUACGGGGCUGCGCCCCUGCUGUACUGCGGCUCCAAUGCUGGCCAAGUCUGUGUCUGGGACACGAGUGCCAGCCGUUGCUUCCUGGCCUGGGAGGCUGACGACGGUGAGAUCGGAGUACUGCUGUGCUCAGGAUCGCGGCUGGUCAGUGGCAGCAACACCAGGCGACUGCGCCUAUGGGCCGUGGGAGCUGUGCCAGAGCUGAGGCGCAAGGGCUCUGGAGCCAGGUCUAGCUCCGUGUUCAUGGAGCACGAGCUGACCCUGGAUGGGGCCAUCGUGAGUGCCGUCUUCCACGACAGCAUGGACAUGGGUGUGGUGGGCACCACGGCAGGCACACUCUGGUAUGUCAGCUGGGCUGAAGGCACCAGUACCCGCCUCAUCAGCGGCCACAGAAGCAAGGUGCACGAGGUGGUCUUCAGUCCCAGCGAGUCCCACUGUGCCACAUGCGGAGACGAUGGGAGCGUGAGGGUGUGGUCUUUGGCCACCAUGGAGCUGGUGAUCCAGUUCCAGGUGCUGAACCAGAGCUGUCUCUGCUUGGCUUGGAGCCCACCAUCCUGUGGGCGCCCAGAGCAGCAGCGCUUGGCGGCGGGUUACAGUGAUGGCACGCUGCGGGUCUUCAGCAUUUCCCAAAUCUCAAUGGAGCUCAAGAUGCAUCUGCACUUGACUGCACUGACGGCCAUUGCCUUCUCUGCUGAUGGUCAGACCAUCCUCUCUGGAGACAAGGACGGACUCGUGGCUGUGAGCCGCCCCUGCACAGGGAUGACCUUCCGAGUACUGAGAGAGCAUUGGGGCACUCCCAUCUCUACCAUCCAGAGCACGAGCAAGGAGUAUGGAGACUUCGGGGUGAAGGGCACAGACUUGUGGUUGGCCGCCAGCAGGGACCAGCGGGUCAGCAUCUGGGCCUCUGACUGGCUGAGGGACCACUGUGAGCUUGUGGACUGGCUGACCUUCCCAGCACCCUCGCUCAUGAAGGCUCCAGACUGCUCUCCACCCUCCCUCGCUGCUUUCUGCCCCUGGGACAGGGCACUGCUGGCAUGUUCAGGUCUCGGCCCACAUCCAGAAGUGGUCUUCUACAGCCUCUGUCAGAAGCAGGUGGUAGAGAAGAUCCCACUGCCUUUUUUUGCUGUGUCCCUGAGCCUGUCCUCCAGGGCCUGCCUCAUGGCCGUCGGCUUUGCUGAGCGAGUGCUGAGGCUGGUGGAUUGUGUGUCAGGAGCGGCACAGGACUUUCCAGGCCAUGAUGACGGGGUACAGCUCUGUAGGUUUGCCCCAUCUGCCAGCCUGCUCUUCACAGUGGCCCACAACCAGAUCUUGGUGUGGGAAGUCACAGACUACUGAGCCGAAGUGGAGACCUCGGGGUCAAGUAUGCGGGGCUGGUCAUGCUGGAUACCUGGCCUGGGCAGAGGCUCUGCUGAGAAGCUGGGUUAGUGGAGAACCUUGCACAAGGCCAGGAAGGCUGAGGAGGCUUGGCCCCCUCACACUGGAUGGGCUCAGGACUCUGUAAAUUGUCAAGACCCUGAACAUGUAUAAAGUGCUUGUUGGCAUCGCAGUGCUUUUCUGUGUUUCCACCUGUACAGUUGAAAUAAAUGUGGGCAU